AUGAGUGCACAAUACGCCAUUCUAAAAGAAGAAAUUGAUAGGUUUGCUGCAAAUAAGGCACUAGACCAAUGUAUUGGUGAUUCUCAGAGCCUUCUGGACUCGCUGCGGCUUAUGGAAGCGAGUCUGGUGGAUGGCAAAGAUGUUUCUUCUCCAUUGCUGGCUAAGCAAGUCAAGUCCUGGAGUGACAAAACUUUGAAGAACGAAAAGUCGGUGAACACUGCGAUAAAGCGAUACGGAAAGGCGUUCGACAGAACCUUCAACUUCAACUACGGAGAAGUUUACAAUUACAAGAUACCACAGGGACAGUCGAAUCGUCUCCUGAUUGAUAGAGCGGUCAUAAUGCACCUUUUAAGAAAUGGAGACUUUGACGUUGCAGAGGCUGUGGGGGCCGAGGAUGGGAUGACGAUUCCGCGCUCGUUAAUGGAGAGAUUUGAGGAAUUGCACGCCAUUUCUACGACUCUCAUCAAAGAUGGGGAUCUUGAUAAGGCGAUUGCUUGGGCGAAACAGAAUUCGGAAAGGCUGGAGGCCAUAGGGUCCGACCUAGAGUUCAAUCUACACAAGCUGCAGUUUGUGAAGCUCUACAAUGGUACCCAGGAUUACCCAUUCGCUGCGUAUUCGUAUGCCAAACGCAAUUUUCCUACCUUUGGAGCCACUCAUCUGGAGACGAUUUCGAAGCUGGUCUCGUCCAUCCUGUACGCCCCAACUGACACAGAUUCGCCCUACCGGUCCAUGACAGAGUUCCAGGAAGUAUCCUUCAACUCGAUAUUCCAUCAAUUAUCCCAAGAUUAUUGCUCAUUGAUAGGACUCUCUUCUGAGAGUCCCUUAUACGUUUCGCUGCUCACGAGCUAUGUCGCUCUGCCCAACUUCGUGAAGUACAACAACAUCCUCAAGAACUCGGGUGGUCGUCUGGACUGGACCACCAAGACAGAGCUUCCUUUUGAAAUCAACCUCCCAUCCGAGUUGCAGUUCCAUUCCAUUUUUAUCUGUCCUGUGUCAAGAGAAGAGACUACCCUGGCCAACCCUCCGAUGCUACUUCCCUGCAAACACAUUCUUUCCAAAGACAGUCUCGAUAGACUCGCUCGGAGUAGUUCCAGCUUCAAAUGCCCCUACUGCCCUUCUACCAGCCUUGCUUCCCAGGCCCAACAGGUGAAUUUCGUGUCUCUAUCAGAGUACAGAUAA